AUGGCAAUUCAAAAGAAACCUAUAAAAUUGAAACACAUUAAAGCGGACAUCCUUAAAGAAGUUAAUUUUUUAAAAAACAUUUUUACCUAUUAUUCACCUCCUAAUCAAAGUAAAGAUAAUGAUACGUACAUGGACUUUGAAAUGACAAAAGGUGAACAAGAAGAUAUUAAAAAGGAGGCUGAGAAACCUAAAAGAGCACAUAGUAUUGCUGAGCUAGAAGAGAAAUUAGAAAAAGUAAAAUCACAACAUAAAUUAAAUUUAAAGAGUAAACUGAUGAAGAAAAGUCUUACAAGUAAACUAAAUAAAAAAAUUAAGAAGAAAGAGAGGGUUAAGUUAAAUAAAAAUAAAGUUAAGAUAGUAAUUAAAGAUAAAAAGAAUGGUGCUGCACUAAAAGAAAAUAAUGUGACACAAGUUAAGCCAGUAUUUAACACUGAUGGAAAACUUGUAUUUUCAAAGUUUGAUUUUGCUAAUCUUGGAACUAAAGAAAAAGUUCCCAAAGGACACAAGGAUCCAAAAAAAAUUUUAGAUGACCUCAAGCACCAAGAGCAAAAAGUUCAAGAGCUUUCACAAAAAGAUAGUGACAAAGCCAAGGAUUUAAAAGAAAAAAUGGCUUGGAAAAAUAUACUUCAAAAAGCUGAAGGACAAAAAGUAAAAGAUGAUCCUAUUUUACUGAAAAAGUCUAUAAAGAAACAAGAACAAAAAAAGAAAGCUAGCAAAAAGCAAUGGGAGGAUAGAAUUCAAAGUGUUGUGGGGAAAAAGGAAGACAGGCAGAAAAAGAGAAAAGAAAAUAUUAUGAAAAAGAAAAAGGAAAAGAAGGCUAAAAUAAUAAAAACAAAGGAAAAGAGAGGACGUGUUGUAAUAUAG